CACAGCGUCCACAAGGAGAACACCUAUAGAUAGUGUACACACACUCAAACUUGGAUACCGACUGCCAGGAAAAAACAUGGCUCUAAAUCACCACAACCGUCACUUUCAUAAUUUCUUGAAAAACAAAGCACAUCCAUAUUUUUCGAAAAAGGACCGGACGUCAAUGAGUGCGAAUAUUACUCCCGAGUCGAAUGUUUUGCAGAGUCUUAGUAAGCUCCUGAUGGGAUGCCGAUCUCUGUACGCUACUUCUGCUGGUUACUAUUCACCUAUGGACAGUCAAACUUUUAAAGCUAAGACGGUACCAACACCGCCACAGAAAAAUGACAUGUGGAUAUUCCGAAUGUCAAUGCAGGGAUUUAAAGCCGAAAAUGUAAAGAUUUCUGUUCAAGAAACUACGGUACUGGUCCAGGCCAAAUUUGACCACGAUCAGGGAAACAGUGACAAAAUUUACGGUAUGACCAGGACUAUUGCUAUUCCGGACACGGUGGUCAGGGAAAAUGUCGUUGGAUAUUUAGAUGAACAGCAAGUCCUGAUAAUAGAAGCACCCUAUAAGGACAGGAAAUGUCAAAAGGAUCAGGUUGUUCCAGGACUUCGUAGAGCAUCUAGUAGUGAUGUAGACGACGAAGAACUAUUUCCCCGUCCUAACUCCGUCUUCAGCAGUGAAUGCGAGGAACAUAAACAACAACCCAUAGAUAGUGACCUUCUCUCAGAGAACAGCAACGAUUCCUUCAGUAGCGUAAGCAGUAAAAUUAACAACGAGUACAAAGACUGUGGCCGUACAGACAACAUGGACCACGACGAUAAGUCAAAGGGUAGCAACUUUCGUCUCAAUAUCAACAUGCAGAACGUGCCAUCAAAAUACAUCGAAGUUUCCACCAAAGGACGAAAACUUAUAGUGAGAUGUACGAUUCAUCGACAGCUAUCGGGAAUAAGUCUAAAAGAGUCGUACUCCACGGAAUACGCCCUACCCACAAAUGUGGAUAUGGACGGUUUAAGGUGUGUCCGAUCGGAGCAAGGAGUUCUCACAGUAACUGCACCAUGUCUGAAGUUAAGUACGAAGGAAAGGCGGAUAGAGAUAAUAGAGGAGAACUGUUGUUGACCGCCUGUGGUGUGUGUGGUAUACCAUUAGGGUAUGUGUGUAGGACUUAAUGGGGUCAGUAAGUAAACUGUAGUGUUCGUGAUCGAAAGCAUAUCAAAUCGGUGACGUACUUGAUGCUAUUUUUGGACGUAUGGCGUGCUUAUUCGUUGAAAUCUGUAUAAGAAACAGUCAUAUUUUAUUUCCAGGUAAAACUAUCAUUUGUUAUAGUUAUUACGAUAACAUUGACAUGACAUUCGCCAAUUUCUCCACUCAGGUAUAACAGGUGUGCUUUGGUCACGUCUGUCUGAUUUAGUGAUGUUAUAUAUAAUUUAUAGGUUAAACGAAAUCCGCUGAUCUGGCCAGUACAGCUAUGUCUGCUCGCUCACAAUCAGCCGGUCAGUUAUCUGUUGACGUUGUUAAUGAAGUGAUAUUUUAACCCGGUCAGUAAACUUUGUUUGAUAGUUAUAGAUGUGGUUAGAUCAGUACAUGAGUUCCACUGAUGAACACGUAUUUAUCCAGUCAGUAUCUGUGUACUACUGAUGAACACGUGUUUAUCCUGUCAGUAUCUGUGUACUACUGAUGAACACGUAUUUAUCCUGUCAGUAUCUGUGUACUACUGAUGAACACGUAUUUAUUCUGUCAGUAUCUGUAUACUACUGAUGAACACGUAUUUAUCCAGUCAGUAUCUGUGUACUACUGAUGAACACGUAUUUAUUCUGCCAGUAUCUGUAUACUACUGAUGAACACGUAUUUAUCCAGUCAGUAUCUGUGUACUACUGAUGAACACGUAUUUAUCCAGUCAGUAUCUGUACUACUGAUGAACAUGUAUUUAUCAGACCUGUAUUUAUGUUCUGUUGAUAAAUAGGUAUGGAUUCGGUCAGUAUUAUGUUGAUAGACAUGGGUGAACACAUAUUUAUUGCAUUUUUCCAGUGAAAUAUAGAUAUAUCCCAUUGAUAAAAGUGUUAUUUUUCACUAAUGAAAAUUUCACUAUUUUUGUUAUUUUUUCACUCGUGAAAGAUACCAAAACAUUAGACACACUUGGGAAAUGUAUUUGUUAUUACUGAUUACCAUGUAUCUAAUAUCUUUUGUACCUCUCACUCGUCCUGUACACUCGUGAAAGAUAAAACAAAUAUUAGAUAUACUUGUGAAAUAUAUUUGUUAUUACUGAAGACACUUUUAAAUAUCCUGUAUUUAAAUGGCCAGUAUUGUACUAACACGCUUUUAUCCGCUCAGUAUCAAUGUUCUAUUUACAGACACGUAUGAGUUUGUACUUAGCCGGUAAGAAUCUGUGUUCUUCUCAUUGACACGUACUUACCUGGUCAGUACAUAAUCAUUAUUUUGUUGCAUUGUGUUGUUUACAAAUCUGUACUUUAAUCCCUAUUGUGUAAUUUAUUGGAAUGAAGUACUUGUAAGCAUAUAAAUAUUUUUCUUACAUGAUACGCGUAACUUUCCUACCAGUGGUAUUGCCGAGUCCAUCACACGCGUAACUUUCCUACCAGUGGUAUUGCCGAGUCAAUUAUUGCCGAGUCCAUGAUACGCGUAACUUUUCCUAUCGGUGGUAUUGCCGAGUCCAUUAUUGCCGAGUCCAUCAUACGCGUAACUUUCCUACCAGUGGUAUUGCCGAGUCCAUCACACGCGUAACUUUCCUACCAGUGGUAUUGCCGAGUCCAUUAUUGCCGAGUCCAUGAUACGCGUAACUUUCCUACCAGUGGUAUUGCCGAGUCCAUGAUACGCGUAACUUUCCUACCAGUGAUAUUGCCAAGUCCAUUAUUGCCGAGUCCAUGAUACGCGUAACUUUUCCUACCGGUGAAAUUGCCAAGUCCAUGAUUCACGUAACUUUCCUACCAGUGAUAUUGCCGAGUCCAUGAUAUGAUAUGGUGCUAGGUGUCUAUGUACCCGAACUAUACUACCUUGCAAUGUGUAACUGUGGAUGUUAAUAUUGGGUCAUACUAAUUGAUCACGUUUAUUUAUUGUUAAUAUUGUAUGUGUUUAAUGAGUGGUGAUUUAGUGGUGAGGUUGUGUAUCUUGUCAUAUCACGUGAUAUCAUUGUUAACAUUGUGUCCGUGUAUUAAAAAAUCAUUCGCUAGAUCAUGUGAUGUAGUGAGCGGUAUUUAGUAUUGAGAUUGUGUAUGUUUGUAAUGAGUGGUAUCGUAAAGCAAUAAUGUUAUAAAGUGUCUGCUGAUAGUCACACGAUAGUGUCCACGUGACAGUUGUAUUGGACACGAAUCAGGAAAACAUGACCUUUGGUCAAAAGUUGUUGUAAAGAUAUUUUUGUUCAUUUUGUGAAAUUAAAAACAACCUAACACUUGAAGCAAAA